UCAGGUCUGUAUUCAUUGGUGUGCAAUUAGUACUGGGUUUGUUUGAAGUGAUGGUGGAUUCUCUGGAUAGUCUGAAACGAGUGGUCGAGCCUUUAGAUGCUCUCACUGGUGAUGGUGUUCCCACAGAGGCUUCAUCUAUAACAUGCAAUCUGCAGGGUGCCCCGCGUUUACCUGUGUUCUCACUGGAUGGGGACCUUGUUUUAGGAGGUUCUCUUCUCCUUCACAACAAUGUGAAAACAAAGGUUUAUAACUACAGCACCAAGCCGGAGCCUCCAAGUUGCACAGGCAGCCUCAGUGCCCAGAACCUGCGUUAUUCUCGAGCAAUGAUCUUUGCUAUCGAGGAGAUCAACAACAGCACAGAGCUACUUCCAGGCAUCAAACUUGGAUAUCAGAUCCAUGAUACUUGUGCGUCAGUGCUUGUAGCAGCUCAUGCGGCCUUUCAGCUAAUAAAUGGGCAGGAUCCUGUGUUUCACAAAGGCAGCAACUGUUCUCGAUCUGGUUUGGUGAUGGGUGUUGUUGGAGACUCUUCAUCUUCAGCAUCCAUCAGUAUAUCACGCAUCAUCGGAUCCUUCAAUGUGCCUCUGGUCAGCUUCUUUGCCACAUGUUCCUGUCUGUCAGAUAAGCAGCAGUUCCCAACGUUUUUCAGAACAAUUCCCAGUGACCAGUUCCAGGCCGAUGCACUGGCCAAGCUGGUGAAACACUUUGGCUGGACUUGGAUAGGUGCUGUCCGCUCAGACUCAGAUUAUGGAAAUUAUGGGAUGGCGUCUUUUCUUGCAGCAGCUCAAAGAGAGGGAAUCUGUGUGGAAUAUUCUGUAUCCUUACUCCGAACCGACCCGCUCAGCAGGAUCCAGAGAGUAGCUGAUGUCAUUCGCAGGUCAACAGCAAUGGUUGUUGUGGCAUUCACAGCUUCUGGUGACUUGAUGGCUCUGUUAGAGGUGCUGGCCAGGGAUCCUCCACCGCCUCGUCAGUGGGUAGGAAGUGAGGGAUGGAUAACUGAGCCCUAUCUGAUGAGGUACAGUUUCUGUGCAGGAGCCAUCGGAGUUGCCAUUCAACGAUCUGUCAUCCCAGGUCUGAGAGACUUCCUGCUGGAUCUUUCUCCCACUGAAGUAGCUGCCUCCUCAGUGCUGACUGAGUUCUGGGAAGAUGCGUUCAACUGCACACUGCAAAAAAAUGCUGCUCCACAAAAUAGAGAAUGUGAUGGAAGUGAAGACUUAAAAAUGCUCAAAAGCCCGUACACCGAUACAUCUCAGUUAAGAAUAACCAACAUGGUGUACAAGGCUGUGUAUGCAAUGGCUCAUGCCAUUCACAAUGCAAUGUGCCAACCCAACAACUUUACCACAAAGUGUGAGAAAGACAUAAAGUUGGAGCUCAAACAGGUUUUACCUCAACUACAGAAAGUCAACUUCUCCAGAAAUGGUUAUCCUGUGUCAUUUGAUGCUAAUGGAGAUCCUGUAGCUUUUUAUGAGCUGGUCAACUGGCAGAAGAGUGAGAGUGGAGUUAUUGAGCUGGUAACAGUAGGGUACUAUGAUGCAUCACUGCCUAAAGGACAGGAGUUUCAUACCAACAGGAACAUAACCUGGAUGGAUGGUAGUACACAAGUCCCAGUAUCAGUGUGUUCUGAGAGUUGUCAUCCAGGAACUCGUAAAGUCCUGCAGAAAGGAAAACCCAUCUGCUGCUAUGAUUGUAUACCAUGUCCUGAAGGAGAGAUUAGUAACAAAACAGAUUCUCCAGACUGUUCCCCGUGUCCCAGUGAAUUGUGGCCUAAUGCACAAAGAGACGCUUGUUUCCCCAAACCUGUGGAGUUUCUUUCCUAUGACGAAGUCCUGGCAAUCAUCCUGGCUGCAUUCUCUGUUAGUGGGGCCUGUCUGGCCAUCAUAACAGCAGCUAUUUUCUUUCAUCACAGAACAACUCCAAUUGUCAGAGCCAACAACUCUGAGCUGAGCUUCCUGCUGCUCUUCUCUCUGACUCUGUGUUUCUUAUGUUCAUUAACUUUCAUCGGAGCUCCCUCUGAUUGGUCCUGCAUGCUGCGACACACAGCGUUUGGUAUCACCUUUGUUCUCUGUAUCUCCUGUGUUCUUGGCAAAACUGUAGUGGUUUUAAUGGCCUUUAAAGCUACACUUCCAGGUAGUAAUGUCAUGAAAUGGUUUGGGCCUCCACAGCAAAGAAUGACUGUUGUGUUUUUCACAUUUAUUCAAAUUAUAAUCUGUACUGUGUGGUUGUUACUCAGCCCUCCAUUCCCAAUGAACAAUCUGAGCACAUACAAGGAGAAGAUCAUCCUGGAAUGUGCAUUAGGUUCUGCUGUUGGGUUCUGGGCUGUGCUCGGGUACAUUGGCCUGCUGGCUGUUUUCUGCUUUGUGUUAGCUGUUCUAGCUCGGAAACUACCUGAUAAUUUUAAUGAAGCCAAGCUGAUAACCUUCAGCAUGCUGAUAUUCUGUGCAGUGUGGCUCACCUUCAUCCCAGCAUAUGUCAGCUCUCCUGGAAAAUUUACUGUAGCUGUGGAGAUAUUUGCUAUUCUGGCCUCCAGUUUUGGACUGAUUCUGUGUAUAUUUGCUCCAAAGUGUUUCAUCAUAAUAGUUCAGCCUGAGAAGAACUCUAAGAGAUAUCUUAUGGGGAGGAGUACUUCGAAGACCUCAUCAAUCCAACCAGCACCUCUUUUAGUGAGGAAGCAGGGUCUGGGGACUUUGCCUCCAUCUAAAAGGCUAGGUUAUCUAGGGUUAUCCCUGUAGUUAUGCUGCUAUAGGCUUACGCAACUGGAGGACAUACUGACCACUUUCCACUCUACUACUUUCUUCUACAAUCUGCUCUUUAACUGUAUUAUUUCUUGCUAUUUCAACUGUUAACUUUAUUUUUUCUCCAAGUGUUUUUCUUCCCAGAAGAAGCUACAGUGAUGUUCUGCUGAGCUGUGGUGGCCUCAUGGAGGGGGCCAUCAGAUUGAACACUGCUUCUAACCACUAAAACAUUCUCCCUCUACUGAUAAUAACAUUUUACUUUCUUUGACAUUGAAUGUGCUACUACUAGUUUACCCGUUUAAUUAUAGAUUCACUAGGAUAAAUACAGUAAAG